GCUCUGGGCGGUCCCAGGAAUCGCGGAGGACCCGGCUCCCCUCGCCUGAGCUCCCGCGGGGGCGCCAUGGGCCGCUACCGCAUCCGCGUGGCCACCGGAGCUUGGCUCUUCUCGGGGUCACACAACUGCGUGCAGCUGUGGCUGGUCGGGGAGCACGGGGAAGCGGAGCUGGAGCUACAGCUGCGGCCCGUGCGGGGCGAGGAGGAGGAGUUUGUUCUGGACAUUCCGGAGGACCUAGGCACACUGCAAUUCGUGAAACUGCGCAAACAGCACUCACUGGUGGACGAUGCGUGGUUCUGCGAGCGCAUCACGGUGCAGAGUCCCGGAACCAGCACAGAGACCGAGUUCCCGUGCUACCGCUGGGUGCAAGGCACAGGCGUCCUGAGCCUGCCCGAGGGCACUGCCCGCCUGGCAGGAGACAAUGCCUUGGAUGUCUUCCAGAAGCAUCGAGAAAAGGAAGUGAAGGAAAGACAACAGAUCUACUGCUGGGCUACUUGGAAGGAAGGGCUACCCCUGACAAUAGCUGCAAACUGUAAGGAUGACCUACCUCCAAAUAUGAGAUUCCAUGAGGAGAAGAGGCUAGACUUCGAAUGGGCACUGAAGGCAGGGGCUCUGGAGAUGGUCCUCAAACGUGUUUACACCCUCCUGAGUCACUGGAACCGCCUGGAAGACUUUGAUCAGAUCUUCUGGGGCCAGAAGAGUUCCCUGGCUGAGAAGAUCCACCAGUGCUGGCAGGACGAUGACCUUUUUGGCUACCAGUUCCUCAAUGGUGCCAACCCCAUGCUGUUGAGACGCUCUACCUCUCUGCCCUCCAGGCUGGUGCUGCCCUCAGGGACAGAGGAACUUCAGGCUCGGUUGGAGAAGGAACUCCAGAAUGGUUCCCUGUUUGAGGCUGAUUUUAUCCUGCUGGAUGGAAUUCCAGCCAAUGUGAUUCGAGGAGAGAAACAGUACCUUGCUGCCCCUCUUGUCAUGUUGAAGAUGGAACCCAAUGGGAAGCUGUUACCCAUGGUCAUCCAGAUUCAACCUCCCAAUCCCAGCUUCCCAACUCCAACACUGUUCCUGCCAUCAGAUCCUCCACUUGCCUGGCUCCUGGCCAAGUCCUGGGUUCGAAAUUCAGAUUUCCAACUGCACCAGCUCCAAUAUCAUUUGCUGAACACUCAUUUGGUGGCUGAGGUCAUCGCUGUUGCCACCAUGAGGUGCCUACCAGGACUGCACCCUGUUUUCAAGCUCCUGGUCCCCCAUAUCCGCUACACUAUGGAAAUCAAUACCCGGGCCCGGACCCAGCUCAUUUCAGAUGGAGGAAUAUUUGAUCAGCCUUGUCAACUCUUGUCUCAGGCAGCAAGCACAGGUGGCGGGGGCCAUGUGCAGUUGCUUCAUCGGGCAGUGAAUAAGUUGACCUACAGUUCCCUGUGUCCUCCUGAUGACCUGGCUGACCGGGGCCUUCUGGGAAUCCCAAGUGCCCUCUAUGCCCAUGAUGCUUUACAGCUUUGGGAGAUCAUUGCCCGGUACGUGGCAGGGAUCAUCCAACUCUUCUACCAGAGGGAUGAUGUUGUGAGCGGGGAUCCUGAGUUGCAGGCCUGGUGUCGAGAGAUCACGGAGGUGGGGCUGUGCCAGGCCCAGGACAGAGGUUUCCCUCUCUCUCUCCAGUCCCAGGCUCAACUAUGCCAUUUCCUUACCAUGUGUGUCUUCACAUGCACUGCCCAGCAUGGGGCCAUCAACCAGGGUCAGCUGGACUGGUAUGCCUGGGUCCCUAAUGCCCCUUGCACAAUGCGGAUGCCCCCACCCACCACCAAGGAAGAUGUGACAUUGGCCACGGUGAUGGGGUCACUACCUGAUAUCCGGCAGUCCUGUCUUCAAAUGACCAUCACAUGGCAUCUGGGUCGCCGCCAGCCAGACAUGGUACCUCUGGGGCAUCACAAAGAAGAAUAUUUCUCAGACCCCAAGGCUAAAGCUGUCCUGAGCCAAUUCCAAACAGAUCUGGAAAACCUGGAAAAAGAGAUUACAGCUCGGAAUAAGCAACUUGACCUGCCUUAUGAAUACCUGAAGCCCAGUCGCAUAGAAAACAGUGUCACUAUCUGAGACCUAAGGUGUCCCCACCAGGAAGAUGUCACAUCAGCCUUUAAGACUGACAUGUCUAUCUUGAAUAUGUUUUCCUAAGUCUUUGUUGGGGCUCUGAUUCCUCCCCCAACUAAACCCACUACAUCAGUAUACCACUAGCCUGGACAGCACUAAAUUUAAGAGCCAGGUAAUAUUUUAGGCCACAAUUGUCCCUGCCACAAUUACUAAGCUCUUCCACUGUAGCAUGAAAGUAGCCACAGAUAAUAUAUGUCAGUAAAUGAGUAUAAGUAUGUUCCAAUAAAAAUCAUUUAUGAACACUUAGGUAUGAACUUCACAUAUCAAAAAAUAUUAGUUUGGUUUAUUCAACCAUUUAAAAAUACAAAAAAGUACUUUGCUUGAGGGACAUGCAGAGACUGCAGACUAGACGUGGUCCUUACACAGUGUACUAGCCUGAGUCCCUGACCCUAUUUCCAAAACAUCCAAGAGCACAGAUGUGGAUAGGGAGAGGAGAGUUCUUAGAGAAAUUCACUACCUCUGUUAAUUCUCCUUUCCCAGGAACCAGACUUCACGGUUGGUGGCCAACCCACAGAUUCCUGACAGUUCGUUGGCAACUUCCCCUUCACCCUUACUUCUCCUAUUUAGACAUGUACCCCAAAUGUCCCUGGAUAAGAAUGGUGAUUCUAGCCCAGAAUAAAAAUCUUUGCCCCCAAAUGACUUCCUUCUCCAGACAGUCCCAAAUGAGAUAUACAAAAUUCAUAUUUCAAGGCCACUUUUUAGCUCCUUUAAUACCCAGUGAUUUCACUGUGUUUCCUAGGUUCCAAGUUCUCUUUCACAACCCUUUUAAUAAUACUAUGCACAAAAUAAAUGGGAAAAUACCACAAAGUUAUUCUAGCCCAUGACAGUGUUUCUUUGGUUCUGGGGUCUCAGCAUCAAAAUGAUCUCUCUCAAUUAUUCUGUACUCUUUG